UAAAGCUUAAAAGCUUGAACUACAGAACGUAGUACUACCUUAUGCGGUGAUCGAUGAUCAUCCCAUAGUAAGUGCAAUGGGCGCACAGCCGCGGUUUGCGAAGCGAGGUUCAAAGAUUCAAUGUCGCUCGAUGGUGUGCAAAUCUGUCUGCCUCAUUAGUUACUAACUCUGAAACUCAUGAUCAGUAGCUCUUCAUGAUUCUUUGUCCCUCGUUUUGUACUGUUUUCUUUUCAUUCGGCUUUGUGUUCCCUUAUUCAAGUACACACGUCUUGGUGCUAAUUUCGCGCUCAAUUAUACGUUGAUGGUGCACAUAUUUGUGAAGAGAACUAGCGCCAUGAAGGUUGAUUCAUUCUAAACUGUUGUCAAAAAAGGCCACGUUCAACUGUCCGGGGCACCAUCCUACUGUUAGCAUUCAUUUAAAAAUAACAUUCUUAUCGAAAUAUAUGAACGGCGCCGGGCCUCAUAUCAGUGUUGAGCUCAGUCAUUUCCCACUGUUCGUUGAUCAUUCAAACAUGUCCACACCAAAGAAAAUGACUUAUGUGAGGCUGGGGAAUUCUGGCCUAAAGGUGUCCAGAAUCAUCCUUGGCAUUAUGCAGUACGGCAACAAGGGAUGGCAAGAAUGGGUUCUCGGAGAAGAUGAAGCGGUAGAACACAUCAAAACCGCCUACGAAGCAGGAAUUCAGACAUUUGAUACGGCUGAUACGUAUUCCAAUGGUUACUCAGAAGUAAUUCUUGGUCGAGCAAUCAAGAAAUUGAGGCUACCUCGCGAUGAAAUUGUUGUCAUGACCAAGGUGUACCAUGUGGUCGGACGUGAAUAUAGUGCCAGCCGGUUCUUUCCCGGGCGUGAUGAGCCAGACCGACACGGGUUUGUCAACCAGCAUGGUCUCAGCCGCAAGCACAUCUUCGCAAGCGUGAAACAGAGCCUGGAACGGCUUCAGCUGGAUUAUAUUGACCUUCUACAAUGCCACAGAUUCGACAAGGACACACCAAUUGAAGAGACGAUGCAAGCAUUGCACGAUGUAGUCCAGGCCGGUUACGUCCGCUACAUCGGAAUGAGUUCGUGUUGGGCGUACCAAUUCCAAGCGAUGCAAAACUAUGCGAUCGCAAACAAGCUCACUCCCUUCAUCUCCAUGCAAAACCACUACAGUCUACUCUAUCGCGAGGAGGAACGCGAAAUGUUUCCCACUCUCCAGAUGUUUGGUGUCGGCUCAACCCCGUGGUCUCCGCUGGCUCGCGGUGCCCUUACACGUCCCCUCGGACGGCAGACUGAAAGAGGUCAAACUGAUUCCAUGAUAGGGAACUAUGUUCACGUAUCGGCGUACGAAACUAUCAUUAACCGCGUCGAGGAGCUUUCCAAGAAGAAAGAUAUAACCAUGGCCCAAGUAGCACUGGCAUGGAUCUUGACCAAGGAUGGAGUGUCGGCUCCAAUUGUCGGAACAACAAGUCUUGAAAAAUUGAAAGACCUCAUUGCUGGAAUCGACGUGAAGCUUACGGCGGAGGAAAUCAAAUAUCUUGAGGAAGAGUACAAACCUACUGCUGUGAUUGGUCACUCCUGAGUAGUUGAAGGUACAGCUCUGAUGGACGCCUAUCGGUCUUCGUUCGUUGCUUGAAAUGGACACUAGCGUUUGCAGUACUCUUAAUCGCAUCAAAUCUAGUCAACACUCACCGGCGGCCACGCGGAAGGACAUCGCGUGCGCCUCGUGAACAUGUGCAAGUCUAUCGAUUCAUGA